CCGACAGCCGAGGAUGUGUGUGUGUGCGCGCGUGAACCGUCGCUUCGGCGGGUGACGUCCGAGGGCGUCGGGUGGCGUCGCAUAGCCCCGGCUGACGUUGAUCGCAUCGAUUCGCGUCAUCACAUCGACACAGCAGAGAUAAUGUUUAUCGAUUGCUCAUUUGUUUGCGGAUAUUUUUACUCUCGCACAAAAGCCGCUCCCCGCCGUCGCCGCCGUCCCCCGCAACGUACAGCCGAUGAACUUGGCGAUAAAAGGCGAGACGGACGCAUGUGGAGAUCUGGCCAGGUCGCAAGCGUGGUCGCAAGCGACGGAAAAAAACCAGGAGGUCGAAUGCACGAAGUCAUCUCAGUAAGCGGACUAAGCGACACGCUCCUUCCUCCAACGACGCCUGUGUUGGGUCGCGCAAGAUUUUCGGCGACAAUUCGCAGCGCGAGCUGCUCCCUGGACAAGCGACCCGAAGGUGCGUGUAUGCUGAGUCCCGUGCGGUCGACGUUCCGUGAGUCGUCAAGGAUCGUCCCGAAGGUCCUUAUGGUAACCGGCGGACAAGGUGGAUAUCUCCCCAGCGAGAUCCAAGGGCUGAAGGGCUGGCGGCGUCGUUGGAUCCACUCGGCAAUCACCUAUAUCUAGACGAGCAUGGAGAACGGGGAUGAGACCUCCCUGCGGGAGAUUAGGGAAGUGGAUCGUGGCGGCGACUACCGCAGGAAUAACAACUACGACGGCAAGCGGAACGGCAACAACAAUUAUUACAAUUGCUCGGCCACGAGUAACAACCGUCAGCCGGAGAAAGCGCCGUUGGUCGGCUGGCGAAACGGCAGCCCCACGAUAUGUCCGAGUUCCGUCCAGAACAGUGCCUAUGUCGACUUCGUCAGGCUUGACCCGACGCACGAGGAGGAAUUAACCGACACGGCGACCGAGCUGAGCCCGGGUACACCGAGCAGUCCGGGAACUCCGCUCGUUUGCGAGAAUCGGUCCAAGUUGGAAGCCGGUGAGCGCCCGAAUGAAAGACUCCGAGAUCCCAUCGACCCGGAAAACCUCCUCAAACCGGGGAACUGUUCCAUCGCUGUGUCGGAGGAGAAAGCACGCAAGAAGCCAAAGGUGCCGGACGGCGGCUGGGGCUGGAUGGUCGUGUUGGCAUCCUUGGUGAUCUCCAUGAUAGCCGACGGCGUCUCUUUCAGCUUCGGCCUGCUCUACAUCGAGUUUCUGCACGAGUUCGGCGCCUCCAAGUCCAAAACUGCCUGGAUCGGUUCGCUCUUCAUGGCCGUACCUCUAUUGUCGGGCCCGAUCAUGUCCGCCCUCGUGGACCGCUACGGGUGCCGGAAGAUGACCAUCGCCGGCGGCUUGAUAUCGGGCGUAGGCUUCAUACUGAGCAGCUUCGGCAGAACCAUCGAGAUGAUGUACCUAACCUUCGGCGUGAUCGCCGGCCUCGGUUUGGGUCUGUGCUACGUCACCGCCGUCGUCAGUAUCGCCUAUUGGUUCGACAAGAAGCGGACUUUGGCCGUGGGUCUCGGUGCCUGCGGCACCGGCAUCGGCACCUUCGUCUACGCCCCGAUGACCACGUACUUCAUCCAGGAGUACGGCUGGCGGGGCACCUGUCUGCUCCUGGCCGGCACGUUUUUCAACAUGAUCGUCGCCGGGGCGGUAAUGAGGGAUCCGGAAUGGUGGAUUUUGGAGCAGCGCAAGCACGACCAAGAAGCGCCGAAGAAGUCCCACGGCAGGUCGGACGACAUCAAGCCGGAGGCGAUCCCGUCGGACGAGUUUCCGGGCGUCGACGAGCUGCGGAGGCUCCUCAGAAGCGAUCAUGUGCCUGAAUACUUCGUACAGAGUCUGAACACCACGACAGCAGCGACCGUCGGCGGCGACGCGAACCGGAAGAUGUCUUUUAGAAGCGUGGUCAAUCUGCCGACCUUCGUGAAGAGGAGCGAGAAGGUGCCUUUGGAAGCGUUGGAGUUGUUACUGUCCAAUUCAAGGCUGUACACUGUCAUCUUGGAGAAUUACCCCAGCCUUCUGCUCUGCAGAAGCUCGUCCGAUAAGCAGCUGCACGACUCGACCGGGGAGAUUCCUAACAAAAGCGGCAUCACCAUGUCCAUGAGGCUUAAACGAGCAACGGAAUCGAAAGCGAUUAACGAGCAAAGUAAGGAUUCCCGUUCGUCGCCUCCUCAAGCCGCGACGAAACCCGCCAGGAAGAUGUCCAGGAAGGAGUCGGAGGAGAUGGAUCCUUUGAUGACGAAGGACGUCGCGCUCACGAUAUAUCCGACAGAAAAACCGAAACCCGCGUUGAAACGUAACAUUGGCAACGAAGGCGGCGUUAUUAGGACGGACUCAUUGCCCUGGCUCAGACGACAGUUCAGUACCAACACCCACUACUUCAAGGACAUCAGAGUGCACAGGAAUUCCGUCAUGUAUCGCGGCGCUGUUCUGAAUCUGCGAAAGUACCGGCUGAGAGCGAGUAGUUGUCCGGACAUCUACACGAACAGUAUGAUCACCUUGGCUAAAGAAAAUGAACAGAAAUGGUACGACGAGCUGGUGGAUUUGCUAAAGGGCAUGUUGGACUUCUCUAUGUUUGUCGAACUGCACUUCCUGUUGUUAUCGUUGUCGACGAUACUGUUGUUCACUUGGUUUAUCGUGCCAUAUUUCUAUCUAGCAGAGCAUCUCACCAGAAACAGCUACACCGAAACCGAUGGCGCCAAUCUCCUCGGUAUCAUCGGUAUAACUAAUACAGUCGGAAUGGUCGCGUUGGGUUGGGCCGGUGAUCAACCAUGGAUGAACGUCAGCAAAACGUACACGUGGUGCCUAAUAGCCUGCGGAACGGCCACUAUAUUGAUAUCCAUAUUCACUUAUCAUUAUACGCUACUAGUCGCUAGCUCGGCAGCUUUCGGCCUCUUCUUCGCCAGCAACUUCAGCUUCACGCCCGUUAUUCUAGUACAGCUGAUACCCUUAGAGAGGUUCACCACCGCUUACGGCCUCACUUUGUUGUGUCAAGGAAUCGGCAACCUUCUUGGGCCUCCGUUAGCUGGAUGGUUCUUCGAUGUGACCAACUCCUGGGAUCUGUCCUUCUUCAUGGCUGGCGGUUGGAUCAUCGUCUCCGGGAUUUUGAUCGGUCUUAUACCGUACACGAAGAAUCGAAAAAUUUUCGGCAACGGACCGGUCGAGAUGGAGCGAACAAACGGUAGCGAUUGUCUGGUCUAAAAUCAAAUACAGUCUGUUUCACAAGAAAAUGUACGACAGCGUAUCGAGAAUACACAACCUAGAAAGAAGGAACUCUGGUGUAUCAAAGUAGAUUCAGAGAAAUAUUGCAAAAUUAUAUUUAAUAACGACUUAACUUUGCAUACAAAAUUAAGAACACUGCUUCGUGACGUUUGAGAUAUUUGGCAACGUAGUGUGAUAGAACAAAACCUGUGCUGGAUUUAUUGCUUUUCUGCCAUCAAAAAUUUGUAGGUUCUAUUCGAGAUCUGUUUGCACAGGUUUGGCUAUUUGGGUAGUUUAAUCAUAUUUUAUGAUAUUUAUUCUUUUCCAUCAUGUUGAAUACGAAUGUUUACAUAAUUAGUUGAUAUUUCUCAAUCAUAAGGAAUAAUAAUACAUCAUGUAUUUAUUAUUGUUUUAUGAUAAACUGCUUAUAAUAUUCUUUCAUAACAAACCUGCACAAAAUGAUAGAAAAAGAGGACAGAGAAAUAUAGAAUAUUAUAAGAUAUUUACAAAAGAUGUGACAAUAUAUGAUAUAAUUUAUUAAUGAAAUUUUGCAGGGGAGUUACGAAAUAAGGGAGAUCAAAAUCAACAUAAGAUAUGAUAAAUAAAUUUUCUUUCAUUCUCUACCCAACGUUUUAAGCAGAGAUAUACUGUAAAAACGGGCACGCAUCAAGCUUUCCAGCGUUAUAAUGCGGAUAACACUAUGUCAACUGUCUCGAAUUAAGGUCGUACACAUAUGGAACAGACUGUAUGUCCAUUGCGUGCUUAAAUGCCUGAGUAUUUGAAAGCUUCAAAACUGGCAUGAGGUGAAUAUUUACUCCGACAAAUUUUUAUCUAAUCUACGCGAAUCUCACUAUAGCUGCCACAUCGAACGCUCCGCACACAAAAUAUAGGUAACUUACUAAGGAGAUUUUGGAAACUUCUACAUGGCGCAAGUGUCUUACUGCACACAGUGUACCUUUAAUGAUUCUUUGUACUUAAAUCAUUUAUAAAUGAUAAAUACCGUUUAUUUACACCAAUUAUAUUCAUGCUGUUCAUGUUGGAUAAUGUUCUCUUAGUCACAUGACGAAACACUUAAUAUGUACGCGAUUGGAUACACACAAACUUUGCGUAUUGAAUGCGUGCGAACAUUUUUUUAUCCAACUUACGCUUUAUACAGAUUGUAUAUGACGGAUUUAACUUUGAAGUAUUAGGACUAAUUCUUAUCGAACAAAAUGACUAGGAGCGUUAUUUAAAAUAAUAGACAAAUAAAGUGUUACUAAGAGUUACGCAGGCUCUCAUUAUAAAGCAGGAUCAAGAGAGACAGAGGGGGGAGGGAGACAGAAAGGUAUAUUUCUUAAUUGAAAGAGGAUGGAAGAGUAUGUUUCCGCAGGGAAUAAUGCGGAGGACGCUUGAAUAAACUGACAUCUUUUAGUUCAACAGCAGUGA